AUGUCUCCCUUUCGCAUUAUAGAGCAUCGCAUACUUUGUCAACACAUUCGUGAGUAUCCACAAGCCACAUCAGGAUCUCAGAACACAGAAUUGCAGCUAGCUGUGAAGCAGUAUGUACCCAUAAGCAACCCCAAUCCGAAGGAAGGAGAUGUAACUGUCAUUGGCGCACACGCAAAUGGCUUUCCAAAAGAAUUAUACGAGCCUCUUUGGGAGGACCUCUACGCACAAUCAAAGACACACGGCUUUACUAUCAGAGGCAUCUGGAUCGCCGAUGUGGCACAUCAAGGCGAGAGCGGCAUCUUGAAUGAGCACUUGCUAGGAAACGAUCCUGGCUGGUACGAUCAUUCUAGGGACUUGUUGCAUUUGAUCAAUGUUAAGAGGGAUGAUAUGCCUCGUCCAAUUGUGGGAGUCGGUCAUUCUCUAGGGGCUGCACAGUUAACCAAUUUGGCUUAUAUGCACCCCCGAUUAUUCACUACUCUUGUCCUAAUCGAUCCUGCCAUCCAGCUAUACCCCAGCGUUGCACCUGGCCAGGGUCUUGAUCCUGCACGUCUAUCAACAUUUCGACGUGAUCUCUGGCCGUCCAGAGAGAUGGCCGCUCAAGAGUUCCGAAACAGCAGCUUUUACAAGGCUUGGGAUACCCGUGUUUUGGAUCGCUGGAUUCAGUACGGCCUCCGCGAAACACCGACUCUCCUGCACCAUUCCGAGCCCGAAAGCGAACAGUCCUUUCAGGUCACUCUCACCACCCCUUUUCACCAGGAGGUCCAGACGUUCAACCGGUCCAAUUAUGAAGGUUACGGUCAUCAGGGAAAGCCUGUCAAUUACCGGACACAUGCUGAUCUCAACCCGGACUUGCCCUCUGUCUAUCCGUUUUAUCGUGCAGAGCCGGCGCAGGUAUUCUUGAGACUCCAAGAACUGCGUCCUAGUACUUUCUACGUGUUCGGUAAGGAUUCCGCCAUGAGCAAAGCUGACGCCCAAAACGCAAAAAUGCGACGUACUGGAGCUGGUGUUGGUGGUAGUGGCGGUGUAGUAGAAGGUCGCGUGGAAAGUGUUACAAUUCCAGACGUCGGGCACCUGGUGCCGAUGGAGAGUCCCGGUCAAACGGCAUUACAGGUGGCUCAGUGGGUAGGCAGGGAGUGGAAACGAUGGCAGCAGGAGGAGGAAACACGUCGCCGAGCCUGGGAGACUCGCUCCGCCGCUGAUAAACAGAAGAUUGACGAUCGGUGGAGAAAAGCCAUGGGGGGUCCAUACCCAAGGCGGAGGCAGAAACUGUGA